UCGAGUCCUUAGUGCGCGGCAAAGUUUUCGUCUGCUGCAGCGUUGGCUCCUUCGCGAGUUGCAAAAGGCAGAAUAAAGACCUGCGAUAUCAUAUUCAGAGGCAUAGAGAAAACAAAUCCCCGGUUUCAGACGCCAGGCGCUGGUGGUGUGCACUUCUGUCGUCGAGAACUGAUCGAGGAUGCACGAGCUCGUCCAAGACCACCGUGACAUUUGAUGCUAUCUUGCUUGUCCAGUAUAUAGUUCCUGCAUGCCAAUGUUUACAUGGGGAUUUUAAAGCCUUAUUCCAGCAAAGGUGAAAGUGACAAUGGUACUAGAAGUUCUUUUAGGUCUGCUAAUUAUCUUUCUAUUGGCAUACCUCAUCACCAGAAAAACAGCAAAGACCCAUGGUCUCCAUACCAUUCCAAUGGUGUCACCAUGGAUACCAUUUUUUGGAAAUGCCCACCUUCUUCAUAAUGCAAAAACUCACAUUGUUCUGACCAAAUGGGCAAAAAAAUAUGGAUCAAUUUUUCGUAUGCAGCUAUUUAAAGAGGACAUUGUUGUUCUCAAUGAUUUUGCAAGCAUAUAUGAAGCCUUGGUUGUGAAAGGACGGGACUUUGCAGGGAGGCCUCCUAUGUACAGAACCGAAAUAGCACAACGAAACAGACACUCAGUGGUUUGGCAGACUUACACAGACAAACUUGUGUUUCUACGCAAAGAAGUUCUACGAUCACUACGCAUGUAUGGCACAGGCCUUGAAAAUCUGGAGCAUAAGUGCAGGCCAGACAUUGAACUUAUGUUGAAGCGGUUUUCAGAGGCAAAGGGACAGCCCAUUGAUCCAUGGAACAUUAUUUAUGAUGCAGUUUGCAAUGUGAUGUUAUCUUUUACACUAGGAACCAGACCUGACUUGACUAGUACCAGCGUCCAGUAUAUCAAACAUAUUAAUGCAUUGUUCAACGAUACUUUUGGUGCGGGAAGAGCAUUGCGUCUGGACUUCUUGCCAUUCCUACAUCUGCUGAGGGAUGAUUGUCAUUGCCGUCAUCAAGAAGCUCUCAAGCUCAGAGAUGCUUUCUGGGAAGAAGAAUUUGCGAAGUUGAAAUUUCAGGAUGACAGUCGUGAUUGUGUAGUCAAACAUUUGCUCAGCUUUUUGGAAGAUGACAAGGAGAAAAAAACUGAACCAAAUGGGAUCAAUGGCACUUCCAUAUCUUCAUCUUUCUUGAAAUCUGGUGGUUCAAAGCAUGAUGUUGACCUGAGCCUCACAACCAUCAAGGAGGUGUUCACCAAUCUCAUUCUAGCAGGCACAGACACCACAGCAACAGCCCUGACAUGUCUUCUUCUGCUUUUUGUGCACCAUCCACAUAUUCAAAUAAGCCUAUGGGAAGAAAUUUCUGCUACUAUUGGAAAUGAACGCCUUCCAUGUCUGGCUGACAGGGAGAAGUUGCCUUACAUGGAAGCCACACUGCUUGAACUGUUGAGAUACAUUUCUCAUGUUCCCCUUGCUGUUCCUCAUUAUACAAUGUGUGAUACCAGUGUGCUGGGAAAACGUUUGCCAGCAAAUACAACGGUAUACAUUAACUUGUGGUCUCUACAUCAUGAUGAAUCUGUCUGGCCAAACCCUUGGACAUUCAAUCCUUCCCGAUUUCUAGACUCAAAUGGCAAACUGCUACCUUCAAGUCAUGAGAACCGACGUAGAUUAAUGCCAUUUGGGGCAGGCAGACGUGUGUGUCUGGGUGAGACACUGGCAAAAAAUCGCUUAUUUUUGUUUGCCACAUCCCUAGUACAGAAUUUCUUCUUCCAGGCUGAAGAUGAAAAGAAUCUUCCAGAAGUUGAUCCGCAGGCAUAUGAAAUGGGCUUGUUUUACAUCCAAAAUCAUUCAGAUUACAAGCAGUUCAUAGGGAAAGUAAAUGAAAAUGUUCUCUUUAAACUUUACCUUAUACAGUGAGUGGAGAAACAAGUUUUAGUUGUGGUAUUCUUGCGUGUAGAUUUUAUAUUAGAUGAUACAACUUUACAUAAACAGAGAUAAGUCAAAGAUCUGACACUGAAUAUGUUCUUUUGCUCAAAAAUUAAGUUACAUGUUGAACUGCUUUUUUAUGAACUAAAAAGAAUCUGUUGUUUUCUUAUACAUGAUCAUCCCUUUGAUUUUUUUUUUACAUUUUGUCAUAAGCUUCCUAAUUCAUAAAUAGCUAUUGUAAUGUAGAACCAAAUCUACUGUGAAAGAGAUAAUGCAUGGAACUAUAGAGUUCCUUUUUUGCCAGAAAUGUUUCUAUAUUAAAUUAACAUGUUUUUUUGUAAAUGUUUUGAAAUGGUAUAUUUUACAUACUGAAGAAUUUCAGACAAGAGAAAACUUUUAACAAAUGUUUAACAGAUGUGUUCAAAAUCCUGUUUGUGAAAAUCAUAGGCAGGAGCCAUUUGAAAGAGAAAAAGUCUUGUCAAGCCUUAUUUCUAUGUAUUUUUAAGCUAUAGAUUAUGAUGUACUGCCAUUUAUUUCUAUACAGAAUCUAAUUUUUGUGCUUAAAAUGCCCAAGUUGACUAUUGCUCAUUUAUUAAUGCAUUAAAAAUGGAAGGCUUUUUA